AUGCGUUACACUUCGGUCACUUACCUCGCCUUCGCUUCCCUGGCUGCUGCCCAGGAGCUCACCAUCACCACCCCCUCGGUCCCCACUGCUGUCCCCUCGGCGGUUGAGUCUGCGCUGCCCUCGAUCCCCGAUGUGGGCUCUGUCGCCAGCUCCGUCGCUGGUGAUGUGACCUCCGGCGCUGGUGCCCUCCCCUCGGCCGCCUCUUCCAUCCUCGACGAGGCCAGCUCCGUCAUCCAGUCCAUCAGCGAGUCCGUCUCCUCGGCCAUCGCUGAUGUUACCUCCAGCGCCAGCAACGCCGAGGUCAGCUCCUCCAUCGCCGCCGCCCAGUCUUCGCUCGAGGAUGCCCUCUCGACCGCCACCGACGGCGCCGCCUCCACCUCCAUCCAGGAGCAGCUCUCGAGCCUGUCCACCGCGGCCGCCGGCGCCACCGGCACCGGUGAUGGCGACUCGCCCGCCCCCCGCGUCACCGGCGCCGUCGCCGUCGGUGCCCUCUUCGGUGGUGCCGCCCUCCUCGCCAACCUGUAA